AAACGGAGAUAGAUUACAUUGAUAAGGCAGCUUAUCUUAGAUAUCAGUGAAAGAGAAGAAAGAUGAAUAAUGAAAGCAGAUCUGUCAGAGGACAGUACAUCCAGCAUUUCUGCUUCUCUUCCUUCAAUUGUUUUGUGUGCAAAUAAAGCACACACCUGUAGAUGCUACUUCCCCAGCUAGCCCCUCCUCUCUGUGACUGCUGUAAGGUGAGACGCUGGAACUCCCAGCGCUUUGUUAUUUACCUUCACAGCAGUCUGGUGUUUUUUAGGCAGUGAAUAUGAAAUAACCUUGUUACGGGCUGCUUUUGCUUCUGUUGACUACUGCGCUUGCAGCACAUGACAUGCAAUGGAGAGAGAAACAAAAGAAGAUGCAUCCGAGCCUCUGGCAUGUCAGAACGACAGCGGCAGGAUUGACCCCUACGGCUUUGAGAGACGCCAUGAUUUUGAGCCUUAUAAAGAGAUGAUGAAUGAGUACGUAGCUGUCCUCAACAGAAGGUCUAUGAGGUGGUCAAAGCUCCUCCAAGAGAAACCUUGUGUGGAGAAGAACUUGACAGUGAAGAGGUUUGUGCGUAAAGGUGUGCCCAAUGAGCAUCGUGCCAGGAUCUGGAUGGCAGCGAGUGGUGCUGAAGAGCAACUGAAGAGUAAACCAGGUUAUUACCAAUCUCUGCUGGCAAUGGAACAUGACACCAAGCUGAAGGAAACCAUUCACACAGACAUGCAUCGGACCUUUCCUGACAACAUCCUCUUCCAGACCAAAGCAGAGCCGGGCCUGCAGAAAGCUCUGUACAAUGUGCUGCUGGCCUACGGACAACACAAUCAGAGUGUGGGGUACUGUCAGGGAAUGAACUUCAUCGCAGGCUACCUCAUCAUCAUCACCAAAGACGAAGAAAAAUCCUUUUGGCUUAUGGAUGCAUUGUUGGACAGAAUCCUCCCUGAUUACUACAGCCCAGACAUGUUGGGGUUGAAGAUUGACCAAGAGGUCCUCGGAGAGCUGGUGAAGACCAAAGCCCCUGCAGUAGGGCAGCUCAUGGCCCAGUAUCCUGGCAUAUGGACCCUGGUGGUAUCACGCUGGUUCAUUUGUCUAUAUAUCGACAUCCUUCCCAUUGAGACAGUUCUCCGGAUCUGGGAUUGUCUUUUCUACGAGGGCUCUAAGGUCCUUUUCCGAGUUGGUCUGACUCUCGUCCUUCACCAUCAAACGGAGAUCCUGCGAGCACGCUCUUUACCUGAUGUGUGCGAGUGCUUCAAGCAGAUCACCUGUGGAGCUUUCACCCUGGACUGCCAUGGUUUCAUGCAGAAGAUCUUUUCAGAGCCAGGAAGCCUGUCGAUGGCAACUAUCGAUAAAUUGAGAGAAAGAUGCAGACAACAAAUCUUGGAGGAGGAAUCAAGACGACCAUGAAGACGAUUUUCUACAUUUUAAUUCCAAAAACUCUGCACACCUGUAUAUGGCAGGUGCGACGCAUGGCGACACAACUAUAGAAUAAUGGACUUGCUUAAUGCUGAAAAUUAUAAAACUUAAUCCUGACUGAAACGUUGCCCUGCAGUGGUGGCUGGUUCGGAAUAUUUCUUUGAUAAGUUGAUAUAUUGCACUCUAAUCAAUAAAACUGGGUAAAAAUUUAUGAGGCGCACUGCAGUUACUGAGCCUUUUCUUUUUUUUUUUCUUUUUUUUGCUUUGGACUAUUUGUUCUCUUAAAAUAAUUGUGCUGCUGUAGAUACAAUAAAAAACAUUAAACCUGAGACUUCCCAAAAGUAUAUGUUAAAGUGUUAUUAUUACUAAUAAUAAUCAGAUUCAUUUGUGUAUGCUGAGGAGUUUUUUGGUGUAUUUGGUCCCUGUUUUUAAUGCAGUUGUGUAAAAACAGAGUUAAAGCCACAAAGUGUUCAUUAAGGUUUUCAUAUAGCAACUGUCCUAAUUUACACAACUUAACAUUUUGUUUUGCCUCGUUUUAAACAAACUGAGUUUCCAUCAUCUGUUCCGUGAUUCAACAUCCUUGCCAUUAAAAGCCACAGAGGAAAUGGUCAUUUUGUGAGUCUGGCACAAUAGUUUAUUCAGGGGCUCCAAACCUGUGGCAAGAUAUUCAAGUUAGAAAUCCCUUUCAAGGGCUGGGUCAGAGACAAGUCCACUGACCCAUUUAAGUAAAACUUUCAUCACAGCAAAUCAAACUCCUGAUUUUCUGAGCUCAAGCAAAGGACUUGUUAAGCUCAUUAGCUG